AUGAUAUCCAGUACGCGGCUGACACGCAAGGACUUCAGAGUUCCAGCCUUUCUGUCGACACGAAGCGAUAAUCAGUACAUGACCCUCAAGGUACGAUACUCACGGCGCUUCCUGCUCAACACCCAAGGACCUUUGGCUCUCAUCUGCUGCUUUCCAACUCCCAAGCAGUUCAAUGGCUCAAAGGUGCUCCGAGGCACUGAAGGGAGCCAAGUGCCCAAGUCCGCUCCCAUGUUCUCCCUAGGACACCAGAGGAAGAGCACGGAGCAACAGUACUAG